AUGAUGGGUUCGUUUAUCGAUCUGUCAACCCUGCAGACCGAAGGAUUGAAUCCUCGAACAACAAACAUCGACAAAGUCUCAACCCUUGAACUAUGUCGCCUGAUCAAUGAUGAAGACGCUACAGUUCCGGGAGCGAUUGUUCCUUGCCUGCCGCGCAUAGCUGAUGCCAUCGAUGCGUUGGCUCCUCGAGUAUCUCGCGGUGGACGCGUUGUAUAUGUUGGCGCUGAGAUACCUCCCACAUUCUCUGCCCCAUCUGGCCAGUUCGUUGCGCUGAUGGCUGGCGGAGAUGCGGCAAUGCGUAAGGCGCAAGAAGGGGCCGAAGAUGACGAUGCUGCUGGUAGUCGCGACUUGGAGCCGCUGGAACUGGAUCCUGAUCUCGACACGCUGAUUGGGAUUGCUGCCUCAGGCCGUACUCCUUAUGUGCUAUCUUGCCUAGAGUAUGCGAAAAAGCUGGGAUGUAUAACCAUUGGGAUUUCCUGUUCAGCCCCUUCAGCCAUGGGCGCCUCUGGGUUGGUAGACUAUAUGAUUACCCCCGUUACUGGUCCAGAGAUGGUUGAUGUUAAAACAUCUAACCUAAAACUUCAGCAACGCUCAAGGAAUAUUAUCCGGAAACUCAGCGGCUCAUCCUGCCCAUCUACAGAUACAGAGAUAGAUGACCUACUUUGUCGGUGUGAUGGCAGUGUCAAACUUGCCCUGGCUACCCUUGCACUAAGUUCAACUCCCGAAUAUGCACGAAGAAAGCUGGAAGCCUCUAGCGGCAAAUUGUCUGCUAUCAUGAGAGCCGACGCAAACCCAGCGCAUAGUCUAAAUGCCAUUGGACAUUCCAAUUCUGUGCACCUGUCUAUGGCGGAACCGAAUGACGUACCCUACUCAUUUGUUCUAUACGUGGACGGGGGAGGGACAAAGUGCCGUGCAAUGAUUGUUCGAACUCACUUAGAGAGGGGUGUAGGUGAAGCAGGGCCAUGCAAUGUAUCCGAUACGUCCCUGGAUUCCGCGAUAGCUGAAAUUAAACUUGCCGUACAGCGGGCUCUUGACAUGUUUUCACCAAGGGGGCAUGAGGACGAUCCACGCCUAAGCUUGGACAAUGUUAAAUUCAAAGCAAUUUGGAUCGGGCUUGCUGGAUAUGAUAGGCCGCAAAUGAGAGCUCAACUCGACCCAGCCCUGUUUUCUAUAUUUCGACUGACCAAGGACGGAGUCUUUAAGAUAUCUAAUGACAUCCAAGUGCUGGAAUCGGGCUCAGACUUACUUCUUGGAGAAGUCUCAUCGACUUCUAAACCGUCCGUCAAGAUUAUUCUCGUUGCCGGAACUGGUAGUGUUGCAGUACGGUAUACCCGUAACAAGUUGACUGGUGAAUUCAUCCAGGACGGGAAAUCAGGCGGAUGGGGCCAUUUACUCGGCGAUGAUGGUUCAGGGUACGACUUGGGUCGAGAAGCCAUUCGCUCUACGCUCUAUUCUCUGGAUAAUUUACGGUUUUCUACCAAUAAUCAGCUUUCUGCGGAGGAAGCUUACAAGAAAUUGAGCCCGCUCUCUCAAAGAGUUCUUGACCAUUUUGGUAUCUCCAAGCAUAUGAAUGAUUAUGACUUGGGGUUUGAUUCGUAUCUUGAGGCCACUUCUAACGCCACCCGUGGGCCGGGAGUCUGGUAUAGUUUUGAGUGGUGGUUUAUUGGGAAAUGA